AUGGAAGUAGCUGUGGAGGGAAACUGCACCGUGGUGACUGAGUUCAUUCUCCUGGGAUUCUCAGAAGGUCCGGAACAGCAGCUGCCCUUGUUUAUGGUGUUCCUCGUGAUCUACAUCAUCACCCUAAUGGGGAAUCUGGGGAUGAUCGUGUUAAUCAGGGUCAACACCCGGCUUCACACUCCCAUGUAUUUCUUCAUAUGCAACUUGUCCGCUGUUGAUAUCUGUUACUCAUCCGUCAUCACGCCAAGGAUGCUGAUGAACCUUCUAGCACAAAGCAAAUUGAUUUCCUUCAAUGCAUGCUUUGCUCAGCUUUACUUCUUUGUGGCCUGGGUGUGCACUGAGUGUUUCUUGCUGGCCAACAUGGCAUAUGACCGUUACAUGGCCAUCUGUAGCCCAUUGCUCUAUUCCACAGUUAUGUCGCAGAGAGUCUGCAUCCUGUUGGUUGCUGGCUCGUGCUUCAUCGGCUUCACAAAUGCCAUGGUAACGGUAGGUUUUUUAAGCAGUCUGCCAUUCUGUGGCUCUAACAUCAUCAGACACUUCUUCUGCGACUCUCCUCCCCUAUUAACGCUGUCCUCCGAUAGUCAUGUCACGGAAAUGAUCAUUUCUUCCCUCGCUGGGUUCACCACCAUUGGAUCCUUGUUCAUCAUUGUCUUCUCUUACCUGUUCAUUCUGGCUGCCAUCCUGAAGAUCCGAUCAGCUCAAGGCAGACACAAGGCCUUCUCCACCUGCACCUCUCACCUUACAGCCGUCACGGUCUUCUACGGGACUCUGAUAUUCACAUAUCUGCGUCCCAAUACAAGUUACUCCUUGGGUCGGGACCAAGUGGCUUCUGUGUUCUACACAGUUGUGGUCCCAAUGCUGAAUCCCCUGAUCUACAGCCUCAGGAACAAGGAAGUGAAGGAGGCUUUCAGGCAAUCCGUGAGGAUGAAAAUGUUUUUGCAAUGA